CGGAAGAAGAACUCGGUUCGUCCCAGGGGAAACAUGGCGGAGGUCAGACAGUGUUUUGGAAGUGGGGCGCACGGAUUUGCACGCAAAAUAUACAGCCGCUAUCUCCUGGAGGGCCGUAACAAACACGAGAGAGGUGCAAUACACGCUUCGUCUCUUUCGAUUGGGUUUUUAUUGGGUGACAUUGAAAGCGUCGGACUGUACAGGGUCCAAAAUGGUGCGGACGGAGUGACUGUCGGGACAUCACAGGGCAGUUACACAAGGUUGAAACCGGCGUUGGGUGCUGCCGAAGAUGUUUGGAAAACCGGCAAUUUCUUAGAUAAUUAUUACUUUUAUCCUAGACGUGAAAAGUAUCCACUUUCUAUUAAUACCCAAUUACAAAUUAAUGAAAGAAGUGUUUUUUUGCACCGGAGAUACGACGCGUCAUUGAGGACUCUUCGUCAACAGCAGCGUCCUCGUCAUUUGUGUGCAGAUUAUGGACAGCUGGUAUUUAUCAGAGCUUACAGUGGCAACGACAGAUCCGUGCCUCUGUACAAAACCAAAGAUGGCUAUUAUGAAAUCCUGGAGGUGGCAUCCACCGCCACCCAAGCCCAGAUUAAGACGGCGUACUACAAGCAGUCCUUCAUCUACCACCCGGACAGAAACUCCGGCAGCGAGGAGGCCAGCGUCCGCUUCUCCGAGGUCAGCGAGGCCUACACGGUCCUGGGAAACAUGGGGCUCCGGAAGAAGUACGACCGCGGGCUGUUGAGUCUGUCGGACCUCAACACGACAGUCAGACCCUCCGGGAAGGACCCUGCCGGGGGCUCGCCGAGGUCGCACGCCGAGCGUAAACGACCUGCGGUGGGCGCAGACGGCCGAGAGAGCGUCUUUGAUUUCGACCAGUUCUUCAAGGGCCACUACGGCGAGCAGCUGCACAGACAGCAAAACAUACGGAUGCGCAGACAGGAGAUGCUGAAGGAGAAACACGAGGAAAUAGGCGACAAGAAGCUGGGCAAGCUGAUGGAGGUUUCAGGAGUUGUGCUGAUAGUGGCAGCCAUGGUUGUGGUAAUGAAUUUUAAAUAAGCAUCAAGAGGAGGGAAGAGGAGCGGGGAUAUGUGCAUAACAGACUCAGGUGUACGUUUCACACCAUAAAGCUGACAUGUUAAUGACUUCAUUGGUAAAUUGACAGGAAAUGAAUUGACAAGAUCAGUUCGUGUGAUGCUUUGUACAAUUAUAUAUUUAGCUUCUGGACUGCUGAUUGAAGAAGACAAGCAUUGUCCUUAUUCUGUGGCAAUAACACAAACGAGUUGUAGCCCCAACUGUGCAUAUGCACAAGCGUGCACUACACGGAAAAUUUGCCACACCUCGUUAUGAUUACAUUUCCUAUAUAUUUGUUGGACAAAGUCUGAAAGGACAUCACGCGUCAACAGAAGCUUUCAUUGGUUGAUUUGCAACUGUUUAGUACGUUCAGUUCAGUUCCUUUGACUUUCAUAAAGUCAUCUCUGAGGCAGGUUGUAUUCCUUUUAAAGGUGAAGCAAGUUUCUGUUCAUGUGAUGCUAUUUAUUAAAUAUUUAUAGCAAUGUAAGGGAUGAGGGAAUCAGUCUGGAGAGUCUGUCAAACAGGUUGUGGUUAGAUUUUAAAGAAUGUGCCUUCGAUUAUAUUUAUUGUGAAAAUCAACGGGUAUGUUGUCCAAAGGUUUAAGAAAUAAAUGACUUUUGAGCAAUCCUUGUCAUUGCACGAGGAAAUAAAUGUUUGAAUCCUUCAUUUUCAUUAGCAUGGAUUUAAAA